CCCCGUGAAGUCACUUCCUGCCGUCAGAGAGCCAGUUCAGGCCAGUUCACCGCUGCUGUAGUACUCAGUCUGUCCCACUGAGCUGUCAACACAGCAACCCUCCACUCUGCUUGUCUGUUGCGACAACAUUUUUCUCAUAAACCUAGUCCAUUUUUCUCUUCAACGACGUUUUCCUUCAGAUAACAGCUACUCUCGUCUUACUAUGACUCGAAGGUGAUCUUCAGAGUGUCCAGGUGGUUCUGGGGUUCCAGGUUGGUGUGUUGAGAGAGCAAGCUAACUGCGGGGAGGAGGACCGCCUGGGGCAUCGUGUCCCUGGCUCUCAAGUGAAUAAAGGAGGGGCUUGGCAAACUGUUCUGCAGCAUGGAGAAAGAAGACCUGAAGGUCCUCAACAAAGGGGAAGAGGAGGAGAUGGAGCUGCAGGGCUACCGACUGUGUCGUUGGCGGCUGGCUCUUGUGGGCCUCGGGGUGCUGUGUACAGGGGGCUUCCUUCUCCUGCUGCUCUACUGGAUGCCAGAGUGGUGUGUCAAAUCCACCUGCACCCGUACCACAGCCCGUGAUGCUGAAGUGGUAUUGCUUCGCUCCACGGAUGAGUUCCGGCGCUGGUUCCUGGCCAGGGUGCGAGUGAUGCUGGCCCCCGGGAGGAACCCCUUCCACAGCCUGGAGACCCAGACCACCUCCCCUUCCUCUCCCUCCUGUCCCUUCUCCUCCCCUCCUCUAGCCAACGGACAUACCCAACACCCCUCCGAAGACGGCCCCGCUCAGGAGCUCAUCAGAAAAUAUGCCGACUACCAGCCCACACAGAUUCGCUAUUUUACCUUCCAUAGCACAAAGUAUUAUUGGAACGAUGAGGUGCAGAACUUUGACGUUUUAACCGGCCUGGAGGAUCUGCAGGUCAGCUGCUCCACCCUCCACUCGGAGCACAGUGCAGGCCUGACGAGGAACCAGCAGGAGUACAGGAGACUGUUCUUCGGAGUGAAUGAAAUUGCGGUGAAAGUGCCUUCUGUUUUCAAGCUGCUUAUCAAAGAGGUCCUCAACCCUUUCUACAUCUUCCAGCUCUUCAGUGUGAUCCUGUGGAGUGCCGAUGAGUAUUACUAUUAUGCUGUGGCCAUUCUUUUCAUGUCGGUCAUAUCCAUAGCUACAUCUCUGUACACCAUCAAAAAGCAAUACAUCAUGCUUCACGAUAUGGUGGCAACUCACAGUACUGUCCGCGUGUCUGUAUGCCGAGCCAACAAGGAAAUCGAAGAGAUGUUGUCUACUGAUCUGGUGCCCGGUGAUGUGAUGGUCAUCCCCAGCAAUGGGACCAUCAUGCCAUGUGACGCCGUGCUGGUCAGCGGCACCUGCAUUGUCAAUGAAAGCAUGCUCACAGGAGAGAGUGUUCCUGUGACGAAGACCAACCUACCAGACCCAUUGCCUGGGGAGAGGGGGGAGGAGACUGACAGUGCCUACAACAUAGAGGAGCAUAAGAGACACACACUUUUCUGUGGCACCCACGUCAUCCAGACCCGCUUCUACACAGGUGACCUGGUCAAGGCUGUGGUGGUCCGCACAGGUUUCAGCACAGCCAAAGGCCAGCUGGUGCGCUCCAUCCUCUACCCCAAACCCACCGACUUCAAGCUGUAUCGUGAUGCCUACCUCUUCCUGUUGUGUCUGGUGGCUGUGGCUGGAAUUGGCUUUGUCUACUCCAUUGUCCUCAGCAUCUUGAACAAGGUGCCAGCUAAGACCAUCAUCAUUGAGUCCUUGGACAUCAUCACCAUCACUGUGCCACCGGCACUGCCAGCCGCUAUGACCGCUGGCAUUGUGUACGCCCAGCGACGCCUCAAACUCCUUGGCAUUUUCUGCAUCAGCCCACAGAGGAUCAAUAUCUGCGGUCAAAUCAAUCUGGUCUGCUUUGACAAGACUGGAACUCUGACAGAAGAUGGAUUAGACCUAUGGGGAAUCCAGAGGGUAGAGAAUGGCAGUUUCCACCUGUCAGAGGAAAAUGCAUACAAAGAAAAUCUUGUCAAGUCCCAAUUUGUGGCUUGUAUGGCCACCUGCCAUUCUCUCACCAAAAUAGAGGGCCAGCUCUCUGGAGACCCGCUGGACCUUAAAAUGUUUGAGGCUACAGGCUGGAUCCUGGAUGAGGCAACUGAGGAGGAAACGUCUCUCCACAACCGUAUCAUGCCCACUGUGGUUCAACCCCCAAAACAGCUGUUGCCCCCAGUGCCUGCUGUUUCACCAGAGCAGGACAUGGAGCUGUAUGAGCUCGCUUCAGCGUAUGAGAUAGGUAUCGUGCGCCAGUUUCCCUUUUCCUCCGGACUCCAGAGGAUGUGUGUUGUGGCUCGUCUGCUGGGGGAGAAGCGCAUGGAUGCCUACACGAAGGGGGCGCCCGAGAUGGUGACUAGUCUCUGCAAGAAAGAGACCGUGCCAGAAAAUUUUGCAGAGGUUUUAGAGAGCUACACCAAGCAGGGUUUCAGGGUCAUAGCUCUGGCUCAUCGUCGACUUGAAUCCAAACUCACCUGGCACAAAGUCCAGAACAUCAACAGGGAUCACAUAGAGGCAAACAUGGAGUUCCUGGGUCUGAUCAUCAUGCAGAACAAGCUGAAGGCAGAAACCCCAGCGGUGCUGCAGGACCUCCACCAAGCCAGCAUCCGUACUGUCAUGGUUACUGGUGACAACAUGCUGACAGCCAUCUCUGUGGCCCGGGACUGUGGAAUGAUCCCUCCCCAAGACACAGUUAUCAUUGCUGAUGCCCUCCCUCCCCAUGAUGGACACACCGCCAAGAUCACUUGGAGAUACGCUGACAAGCCAAGCAAGAUAUCUAACCUGGAGGAAGUGAACAUCAGUCUGGGGGAUGUGUGUCACAUCGAUGAGCCCAAGAAACAAGAGCUGUACCACUUUGCUAUGAACGGAAAAUCGUUUGCCGUCAUCUCGGAACAUUUCCCUGACAUGCUUCAAAAGCUGGUGCUACAUGGGACGGUGUUUGCCAGAAUGGCCCCGGACCAGAAGACUCAACUCAUUGAGGCACUGCAGGGUGUAGACUACUUUGUUGGGAUGUGUGGAGACGGCGCAAACGACUGUGGGGCUCUGAAGAGAGCUCAUGGUGGCAUCUCUCUGUCAGAGCUCGAGGCCUCGGUAGCCUCUCCCUUCACCUCCAAGACCCCCAACAUCUCGUGUGUCCCCAGCCUCAUCAGGGAGGGGCGUGCUGCUCUCAUCACCUCCUUCUGUGUUUUCAAAUUCAUGGCCCUCUACAGCAUCAUCCAGUACAUCAGUGUCACUCUCCUCUACUCUAUCCUGAGUAACCUUGGAGACUUCCAGUUCCUCUUCAUCGAUAUUGCCAUCAUCCUCCUUAUUGUCUUUACUAUGAGUCUGAACCCAGCGUGGAAAGAGCUGGUGUCACGUCGUCCCCCAUCAGGUCUGAUCUCGGGGCCUCUGCUGUUCUCUGUGCUGACCCAGAUCCUCAUCUGCUUGGGCUUCCAGACCAUUACAUUCCUUUGGGUCCGACAGCAGCCCUGGUACACAGUGUGGACACCACUCACAGAUGCCUGCAACAUGUCAUCACAUAUUAACGCGUCUGACCACAACGGCACCGAAGUUGACGACCACAACAUUAAAAACUACGAGAACACCAGCCUCUUUUAUGUCUCCUCCUUCCAGUAUCUUGUUGUAGCCAUCGUUUUCUCAAAGGGAAAACCCUUCAGGCAGCCUAGCUACAAGAAUUGGCCUUUUGUGCUGUCUGCUUUGAUUCUAUAUAUCUUUCUGCUGUUCAUCAUGUUCCACCCUGUGAAGGGCAUUGACGACUUUCUAGAGAUUGUCUGUGUCCCGUUUGAAUGGAGGGUAAAACUCUUCCUCAUCAUCUUAGUCAAUGCUGUUGUGUCUGUUGUGGUGGAGACCUUCAUCCUUGACAUCGUCUUAUGGAAGCUUGUGUUCAGUCGAGACAAACAGGGCAGCUUUGGCGUCACUCCUGUUGCCUCGACACCACAGGGGGGCCUUGAUCUGUGUGCGUACAAGUGUCUGACCCGGCUGUGCUGCCCAAGCAAGAUGACACCCAAGGCUCGCUACAUGCAUCUGGCCCAGGAACUCAGAGUGGACCCCGACUGGCCUCCAAAGCCAACCACCACCACUGAAGCCAAGUCCCGCCCAGAAAAUGGCUCCACCUAUCAAAUCAUGCUAAACUCCUAGCACCCCCCACAGUAUCUAAUCUAAACCUUUCAUACAGGAGACGUGUAUGCAUUUGACACGUGUUCAAUGAAUGCACCUUUUAACCUAUUCAAAUGAAAUUGUCACAGGAUAAUUGCUCGGCGUUACAGUUCACAGAUACUUUCGUCUAAUGCUGUAGUUCAAGAGACGUUGCUGCAAAAACCUUAGGAUCGCACAUGACUACCAAAUAAAGUUUCAGCUCUCUCAGCACUCUGGCUCUCUCCGACUCAACCACUCGCGCGCUCUCAGGUCUCUUUCUUGUUAUUUAAACAUCAGUAAUAUUAAUUUAAUUCCCAUCCUUUUUUGCAAUGUAUGUUCACCAAAGCUGAGCAGCAUUUAGCCGAGGCUGGGUGGACUAUAGCUUUUACCUCCUCAGAUCGACUGCCAAUGCAGUUUUGAUAUCCCCUCACUUUGUCUGUGAAAAAGACGACGUCUUCAGAUUUCAAUAGCAACCACAGUACUAUACGUACUUUUAGAUAAAGAUUAGAAAAGCCUAAUAUCAUGUCUGAGCCUUUCAGAAUGGUCACAGAAACACUAGAAUAAGCAGAAGUAUAGUAUAGGAUGAAACCGAUGCUAGGUUGUACUCUGGCCCUCUAAAGUACGACGCACUAUUACUUAAACUGCAAUUAAGAUAAUUGGUCGAUAAAGAAAGAGGCUGGAUGAGUUUGAGGGAGAGGGUAAAAAUAAAAAGAGGUUUCAAUUACCUAUUCUAUAGGAUCACACCGUUUUUAAAAGCAGCAACAAGUCCACUCUGUUUCUGAGCAGCCACCACCUCACUUUUAGGAAGUUCACACAAUUACUUGUUUCACAGGUGAAACCUGUUGUGGGCGGUGGAGGCUCUGAUUGCUACUAUGUAGUGGUCUUAUACAGCUAACAUAUGUUAGCAUAUCCACUUGGCAAGCACUCAUUAGAAGACAUACAAUCAUAACCAAAAAGUAAAGCUUUAAAGUUUACCGUGGAUUACAAUUAUUUGUCUGAGACCAGUAUUUAAAUAGUCAACUCACACUGUGAGAUGUAGACUUGGGAAUAUUGGAACGGCUUCAGUCAACUUGUUGUUCAAUUGCACAUCCAGGCAUAUUCACAUUGGCAAAACAAAACAUAAGAAGUUGAUUGGCUGUCAAGAGCCAAUGAUAAAGGUCUGAACAUUUUAAGAAAGUUUAAUGGGGAUUUUCCAGAUUUUGUAAGAUUUGGAAACUGCACAAUAAGUCUGAAAACAUUCACGUUUUUCCAUGGCUGGUGGGACAUAUUUCAUAUUUUGUAAAUCUGCUGUCAUCAUCCACAAUGUUGCAUGGCCAGAACAUCUUACCGUUAUACCCGGCCACUUUUAAUCUAAAUCCUCCGAAAUUUAGAAAAUGACUUGUUAACGUUUUAAGUAGACAAGAUUUAGGGAAAGUGUGCUUUUAAAAUGGCAAGCCUUAUUCACAAACUACAGUACAUUAUACAUCAGAUUGAUGAUUGCAACUACAAAGUGAUGAACCUCAGAAAGUAAUCUGAGGUUGCAUUUUCCUCAUAAUUUGGCCACAAGUUUCAUACACAGUUAAAACAUUAAGGCUUAUAAAAAGUAAAGGACUAAAAGAGAGUGCUCAUCUUCUCUCAACCACAGGCUGGGACCUGUGGCAGGAACUCUAUUGUGUUUGUUAGUUAGUCAGAGUUUACCGUAAGGCGUUUAAAUAACCGAUAUUAUUAUGUAGAAAAGUAAAAACAGUCAAAAACAAAUGGGUACAUUUUAUCUCUGCUUUUUUAGGCAUACUAGUACAUACAUUGUUCUCUUUUCACCAACUUCUAAACUUGUGACUGAAUUCUCAUCAACCUCAGCUGUCUGACGGGGAACAACAUGGCCUUUUCUCUGGCGCUUCCCUCAGGCUAAGCAUUUGUCCCCCCUAGUGUUAAAGAUCCAGCAACAGCAAACACGUCACUACUUUACUCCCAUGGGCCACCAGUGUGGCUAUACACUUUGAAUCUGAUGAUGCUGCAUCUAUAGGCUAUAUCCUGUCAGCAUCAGACUGAGACUGAAAACACACCAAGACUUGCAUGAAGCCAGCUUCCUAUCGUCAUGUUCUCAAGACUUGGUGGUUACAAUACUAGUUAUAUUACUACAAACACAGCAUAACUGUAGACGUAAGGAACAUUAACAUCUCAGUAUUACAAAAUUGCACAAUAAACGGCAUGAAUUUGGCUGGUUAUCGCGGACAGGUGAUCACAUGCAUGAGACCAUACAAAUCCUACCAUCCUACCUGUACAAACUCAUGUCAGAUUGGCUACCAUACUUACAUUUAUUUUCUUUAAAAACCAAAUUUCUUCCUAUGGAAGACUGACUAAAAGUGUGGUAGUAAAUUUAGGGAAGGCAUUGUGUAUCUCAUCAGGUCGCAGCACAUUCAAAACAUCCACGCAACAACACACGCUGCAAAGGACUGAUGCUGAUUAUUACCAUAUACACUUGUAUUCAUGUUUGACGCAUAGGCUACCUGCAUAGAGUUGAGGGCUAUGUUUUGUGUUCACUGCUCUUUCUUUGACGUUGAAAGUGAUGCUCCCCAAAAUCUAGUGAAGCAUCAAACACUCACUCCCUGUAAUAUUUGAGGGUAGCUGUAAAAGUGUGUUGCUUCUUCCUCAAUAAAAAACCUAACUGUGGAAAUUUAGGUUAAGAUUACAACAAAGGAGUUUUUAUUUAGCAUUUUUGUACUUUAUUCAGCAAUUAGAAGUGGUACCAUUGGAAAUCACUAAUUGAUUAAAUACAGCUGACCACAGCCACUGGAAGGAGAAGAAAGCAAACUAUUUACAGCAACAUUUAAAGCCAGCAGAGAGUGUUUGAUCCUCAAAAAUCAGAUUUAGGGCGAAGUAUCUCUUUAAAGCAACGACACCAACACACAUGCAGCCGGUUCUCUAUGUCAGUAUAACAGAUUUUCUCCAUAAUAAGAAGUCUGAAGUUGCGCAGUUCCUAAAAGCCAUUGUUUAGUGAAAUGCUUGUAAUAUUACAAAUGCACAUGAAACUUGGGAUCCAUACUGUUUUUAUGAAAAGCUCAAAUGGGCAACUUUAGUUUUCACAGAUAGUUUUAUUUGAUGAGCAAAGUUAUAAUAUUUUUGUUAUAGUAUUUGGUUAAGUGUCUGUGUGAGAAGGAGAUG